CGGUAAUUCUAAGUGUCGAAACCCAAUUACACCUGCGAAUAGAAGACUUGCAAGCCAAGAUAAAAGAUCUAGAAGAGCAAAACGCCAAGAUUACCGAGGAGAGUAAAGCGGCUCAGAUAAAGAGCGCUAAAUUGGUGAAAAAAUUGAAGGAGUAUAAAGUGCAGAUGGAGAGCUUGCAACAACAAUUGAAGACGCAGAAGCAGGCUGGCAGCUUCUUCGACCUGGACACGGCGAUCGAGGAGGAGCUGAAGACGCAGAUCGUCAAUUUGGAGAAAAAUCUGAAGGAAAUUAAAGAGGAGAAGAAAAAUAUUAUUGCCGAAAAAGAGGCUUUACUGAAGCGACUCGACAUGUUGGUGUCUGCCAAUGAAAGGUACAUGGAAAUGAAGGAGAAACAGGACAUGGAAGUCGAAGUAUUGCGUAUUCAGAACAAGGAACUAGGCAAUAAAGUGCAAUCCUUGGAGUGGCGAUUACAGGAAAAUGCAACCGACGUGCAAGACACUUCUUUUUCGCAACAAGAAGAUCAGAUCGACCCAAAUCACCCCCAGAAAAGAUCAGUGGAAUCUACUGACGACUUUGAAGCGACGUCGAAGAAGUACAAAGAAGAAAUAGACGAUUUGAAGGACGAAUUGGAGGCGCUUGCGGCGGAAAAUGAACAAUUGCAACGCUUCUUGGAAGUACAGAAGGCGACGAUGGCUAAUUUGGAGGCGAAGGCUACUGACAACUCUGGAGAACUCGUGGAAAAGUUAGAUACGUUGAAUAACCAAAAUGCGGCCCUAGAAAGCGCUUUAAACAAAGGCAAGGAAGAAUACGACGUGCUCAGGAAGCAGUUCGAGCAGAGUCUAAUAGACGCGAAUGAUCAAGUGGCAGCGAUGCGAUAAAAUAAUGAUUUCCUCAAAGCUGAAUUUCUGGAGAAAAUCGAUAGAUUAGAA